AUGUGGCUUCUUCUAGAGAAUCUACUGGGAAGAGCUUGUGCCUGGGUGAUAGAUAUAGGAGAAGACAGCCAAGUACCAGAAGAUUUCACUGAUCAAGAAAUUGUAUCUGGUGUAUGGUGGCGUCACUUAGUAGCGGGCGGCAUAGCUGGUUGUAUGUCUAGAUCGUGUACAGCACCCUUUGACAGACUUAAAGUGUUCAUGCAGGUUCAUUCUUCUCGAAGGAACAACCUGGGUGUUCUAUUAUCUCUACGGUUGUUGCAUGCAGAGGGAGGAGUAAAAUCGUUUUGGAGAGGAAAUGGUGUCAAUGUUAUCAAGAUUGCACCGGAAUCAGCAUUAAAGUUUAUGGCGUAUGAGCAGAGUUCGGGUCGGUGCCCCAGCGAGCAGUCGUGUAUGUUUCGCUCUGCCACAGUAUUCAUUGGUAGUUUGUUAUCCUGA